AUGCUGCAUCGCCGCCGCGUCAGGUGGGUCAGCGGAGAGGUGCGAGUCGAAAGUCUAGAUCGAGUCGCCUUCAGUGGCUUGAAGCAGAUCGCACAUCAGACAGACAUCUGGGAGCCUCGGGUUCAAGUCGGGAAGUUCAAGCUUCGACCCGUGCCAGUUUCCUUCAGCGUGGGCCACUCGCCGUCGAAGACUCUCAAGACGAAGACCAGCCAGGUCCUGGCUGAGCAAGUCUUUGGCCUUGUCCCAGAUGCCAAAAGAGAGGUCGACGAGGGGUCGUCGGCAGACGUGCCCAGUUUGGCAGAACAUCCAGGAGACUUUCUGGAGGUUGUGGGAUCCAGGAUCUCGAGCAAAGCCUUGGUUGACCUGUUGACAGACGGCGAUGCGUCUGAUGCCUUGAAGUCGAGCGUCACUCUGCGAAGGCGGAUUCGACGCAUCAUCUGCAGCGCUUACUUCGAGUGCUGCACGAUGGUCAUGAUUCUCCUCAACUCCCUUCAAAUCGGCAUCCAGAUCGACUUCAUCGCUGCCGCAGAGUCUCGGACGGUGCCCAUCGGCUUUCGUGUCACAGACAUCAUCUUCUGCAUCUUCUUCACUGUUGAAGUAGGCCUCCGUCUUUUCGUUCACCGGUGCCGCUUCUUCACGAUGUACGGUUGUGCCUGGAACAUCAUCGACUUGGUUUUGGUAGUAAUCCAGCUCAUUGAAGAGACAUUGAUUCUUAUCGCGACCGUGACCAGCGUCGGGGGCGACGUCGCAAACGCACCAUUGAUGAGGGUGGUUGGCGUGAUGCGUGGCAUCAAGGUCAUCCGCCUGAUCCGCACUGUCCGCUUUUCGGAGAACCUGCAGCUGAUCGUCAGCUGCCUCGUUUUGUCGCUUCGCACUUUCUUCUGGACCUCAGCUUUCCUCUUCAUUAUGAUCUACAUCAUGGCCAUUGAGCUGACCGGCAUGGUCUAUCAGCACGGUCUGGACAACCCUGGAAGCGCUUCCAUGGAAGAUCUGCAGACCUGGUGGGGGAAUCUGCCCCUGAGCAUGCUGUCGCUUUUCCAAGCCCUCACCGGUGGCAUCGACUGGAACGACUGCAUGAAGCCGCUAAAAGAUCAUGUCUCUCCUGCCUAUGCCUUCUUCUUGGUGCUCUGGAUGGCUUACAGCUCCUGG